UAAGAGAUGGUACAAAGCAAGAAAUCAAUGUUCAAUGGAGACCAUUACAGACUUCUCUUGUUGUUGAUCCUGUAUACGGUGCAAGGCAUCCCCAUGGGGUUCUUGAUGAGAUCCAUGCCCAUUAUGCUGAAGAAGUACUAUUCAUACUCAGAUAUUGGAGUUUUGGCAAUGUGAUCAUAUCCGUAUAAAUUCAAGUUCCUGAUAGCUCCCAUUGUCGAUACAGUAUAUUGGAAGCGUUUAGGCAGAAGGAGGUCAUGGAUCAUCCCAAUUCAGUUGUUGGCGGGUAUAAUCAUGUUUAUUGUAGCAAUGAAUCUACAAACUCUGAUCCAAGACUACUCUGUGCACAUAGUUGCUCUUGCAUUCACGGCAAUUUUCUUUUGUCUAGCAGUCCAGGACAUAGCAGUUGAUGGGUGGGCAGUCACUAUUGUCAAAGAGGAAAAUCUCAAUUAUUCAGCAACAGUCCAGAAUGUAGGGCUUUCAUUAGGAAUAGGCAUCUCUACGACUAUUUAUCUUGCUCUGAACUCUUCUCAUUUCUGUAAUUCCUUUAUCAGACCAUGGUAUGUAAAUCCUUCUCUACUCGAAUUAGAAGAUAGUGUUUAUUCUGAACCAAUAAUUAAUGAAAAGACCUUUAUGAUCGGAUGGGGAAUUCUAACAAUUUUCGCAUCAUUGUAUGCCUUCCUGCUUCAUAAUGAGAAAGAUGAUAGGAUCAAGUUCAAAGAAGAAGAUACUCUAGGAGUUAUAGACACCUUCAAGCUUGCUAAGAACCUUGUUUUCAAUAGACAUACCAUGGUUUUGAUAUUUUUUUGGGUUGUUACAAAGUUAUUCUCAAGAUUCUCCUUAACUCAGGACUUGUAUCUCCUCAAUGAGAAGAAGUAUGAUCAAGGAAAUUACUCGAUUGCGACUGCUAUUAAGUUCCCAUGAGAGAUUAUGACUUCUCUGUUGAUAUCGAAGUACGCAUUCUCUAAUCCUUUCAGAACAAAAUAUAUCUUCUUAUUCGUGAGCAUAGUUGUAAACCUGCUCUCAGUCAAUGUGUUUUUGUACAACUAUGAUAGCUUAGUAGUCUAUAGCCCUUAUUUGGUAGACAUUUGUGUAAUCGUAAUGGUUGUAGCUAAUAAUGUAGCUUCAACAGCUGAGUUCAACUGUGAUAUUGCUAUUAUGAAUAAAAUGUGUAAUAAGGGAAAUGGAGGAACUCAUAUAACUAUAUUUGCAUCAUUGAUGAAUGCUUCAGGCAUUAUUUCUGACCUUUACAGUUAUAGAGUGGUGGACAAUUUCGGAAUGUUCAUGCCUACAUUCACAGGCAGCAUCUUAUCUGUACUAGUCCUGAUCCUAGUUAUCCCUAUCCUAAAAAUACUUGAAAAGACCAAAAGGGAGGACUUCUAUCACCCUCUUGAGAAACAAAAGGUUGAAUAAAUCCUUAAAAAUCGUUCAAAUCUCUAAUA